AUGCCAAUACCAAAAGCAUAUUCCAUCCGCGUGCUUAAUAAAAAGCCAAAUUAUAAUAUUUCUGAACACAAACUCCUAAUCGGUGAACAACAUAAUGUUAGUUUGAUUGUGAACAUUUUACAAGGGCUUAGAGAGUCAACCGUCCAGGGUACGCCUGUUGAUUACGUUAAAAUUUAUACUGAUUGUUGGGAUGAUGAACCGGUUAACCGUCCAACUAUCAAUCAAGUGGUUACUAGAUUGAAUGCAAUUAUCUCCACAAGAAUAAUAUCUGAAGUUCUUCCAAUAGAAAAUUACGAGCAACGAUCUGAUGAUACUAGCAGCAGUGGUCCAUCAUAUUUAAGACCAUCAUCUCGCAUCACAAGAUAUUUCAACUUUUUUGGAAUUGAAAUAAAUGAAAACAAGGAAAAAGCAUUUGAAUUGUUUGUUAAUGCUUCGAAACAAAAUCACAUUUUAGCGCAUAUUUAUGUUGGGAAAUGUUAUCAAAAUGGAGAUGGUGUCGCAAGAGAUGAUAGGUUAGCUUUUGAAUAUUUUGACAAAACAACUGAUGAAGGUUUCGCGGCUGGGCAAUUGCAGAUUGGUUACUUUUAUAGCAAUGGGAUCGGGGUUAAAAAGGAUUUAAAAAAGGCCAUUCAUUGGUAUGAAAAGGCCGCAAAUAAUGGAAACAUAAAUGCUAUUUAUAACCUUGGGAUUUGUUAUAAAAAUGGAAAAGGUGUUGAUAUAAAUUAUAAUAAAUCCUUUGAAUUAUUUAAGCAAUCUGCCGUGGGUGAAUAUUUAGCCUCGAAUUUAGGAAGUCCUAUUGCGCAAUAUAAUCUUGGAUUAAUGUAUAAGAAUGGAGAUGGGGUCGUAAAGAAUAUGGAUAAAGCCAUUGAACUUUUCAAAAAAUCAGCUGAUGGGAAUUAUUUAGAUGGAAUAUAUAUGUUAGGAUACUGUUAUGAUAACGGAGUUGGGACUAGCAUUAACAAGCUAAGAGCGUUUCAAUUAUACCAAAAGGCUGCUAAUUUAGAAAAUGGUAAAGCACAAUAUAAUCUAGGACUCAAAUACGAAUAUGGAGACGGCGUUUCAAGAAAUAUGAAUGAAGCCAUUUAUUGGUAUAAAAAGGCAUCCAAGACUGGUGAUAUCUUGGCAAAUUACAAUCUAGGAAUUUGUUAUAAAAAUGGUAUAGGCGUGGAAAAGGAUUACAAUAGAGCUAUUAAAUUUUUCCAAAAAUCAGCCGAUGGAAAUCAUGUAGAUGGAAUAUAUAUGUUGGGAAAUUGCCAUCAAAGAGGUAUCGGGACCAAUGUUGAUAGGCAAAAGGCGUUUAAACUGUAUCUAACAGCUUCCGAUUUAGGGAGUAGUGAGGCACAAUAUAACCUUGGAUUAGUGUACAACAAUGGGGACGGGAUAGAAAAAAAUAUGGAGAGAGCUGUUUAUUGGUACGAGAAAGCGGCGAAAAAUGACAAUACAAAAGCAAUCUAUCGUCUAGGACUUUGUUAUUUAAACGGAGAUGGAAUUGGAAAAAAUGCGAAUAAAGCAUUUGAAUAUUUCGCAAAAUCAGCCGAUGAGAAUGAUUCAAGUGGAAUGUGUAUGGUAGGAUAUUGUUAUUAUGAGGGUAUUGGGACUUGUAUUAAUAAGCAAAAGGCAUUCGAGUUAUAUCAAAAAGCCGCUAAUUUGGGAAAUAUUAAAGCACAAUAUAAUCUCGGAUUAAUGUAUAUAAAUGGGGAUGGAACUGUAAAAAAUAUGAAUAAGGGUUUUGAACUUAUCCAAAGAUCGGUUGAUGAGGAUUACAUAGACGGUAUAUGUAUGUUGGGAUAUUGUUACGAUGAAGGCAUUGGAACCAACAUCAAUAAGCAAAAGGCUUUCGAAUUAUAUCAAAGAGCUGCUAAUUUAGGAAGUCAUAUAGCAAAAUAUAACCUUGGAUUAAUGUAUGAAAAUGGGGAUGGAAUUGCCAAAGAUACCGAUCAGGCUAUUCGUUGGUACUUGGAAUCUGCCGAACAAGGAUGGAAGCUGGCACUAGAUAAAUUAGAUGUGCUUUUGAAAUAA